GACGAUGAAUUUGAUGUGUAUAGUGCUCAGGUUGCCUGCAGACAACUGGGAUUUCCCACUGCUUUUCCUACACAAAUUACUAACGUGCACGGAGCAGGACCAACACACAUGGAUAAUGUCAGGUGCAGUGGAAGUGAGGUUUCCCUAUUUGACUGUCGACAUGAUGGACCAGGAGCUCACAAAUGUGAUGGGCAUUAUCAUGACGUUGGCAUUAAUUGUUCAGGUAAGCAACGUGUGCGAGAAUACA